AUGACAUGCGAGUCGUUUUUGAAAGAGGAAUUGAAGUCAAUUGGUGAAAAGCGGCCGGCCACUGCAGCACUUUUACCGAUAUCGUCUCGACCUGCUUCCCUAGCAUUUUCUCAGGAAGCAACUCAACCAACAUCUCAGCCACCGCCUUCUCCACCCAAGUCGACAGAUGCCGAAACCUCGCCGCUGCCGAGUCUACAAGAGCAGCUUUGGAACCAGGCAUACGACGAGCUCGAUGUGAAAGACAGCGAGUAUGGUCGGAUACUGUUAUCAUGGGCGGCUGCGAAGGGGCAUGACGCUGUCGUCAAGCUGCUACUCGACAAGGGCGCGGAAAUCGAGGCGGAAGACAAGUAUGGUCGGACACCGUUACUAUUGGCGGCUGCGAAGGGGCAUGACGCUGUCGUCAAGCUGCUGCUCGACAAGGACGCGGAAAUCGAGGCGAAAGACGGGUUUUAUCGGACACCGUUAUUAUGGGCGGCUGAGAACGGGCAUGACGCUAUCGUCAAGCUGCUGCUCGACAAGGGUGCGGAAAUCGAGGCGAAAGACAGCGAGUAUGGUCGGACACCGUUAUUAUGGGCGGCUGAGAACGGGCAUAACACUGUCGUCAAUCUGCUGCAGGGCUCCUAA